AUGAAGGCUGAAACCAGGAAAGCAAUGGAAAAAUCCAAUGACAGCUCAGAGUAUGGCUUUAUUUUGGUCGGUUUCUCUGACCGCCCCAAGUUGGAGAUGAUCCUUUUCAUAGUCAAUUUUACUCUGUAUUCAGUAGCUGUGUUAGGAAAUUCAACCAUCAUCCUUGUGUGUAUAUUAGAUCCUCGCCUUCAUACCCCAAUGUACUUCUUUCUGGCAAAUCUUUCCUUUCUAGAUCUUUGCUUCAGUACUAGUUGCAUCCCACAGAUGCUGGUAAACCUCUGGGGCCCUGAUAAGACCAUUAGUUAUGCUGGCUGUGUUGUCCAACUCUUUUCUUUUCUGUCUGUUGGGGGAAUUGAGUGCAUCCUUUUGGCUGUCAUGGCCUAUGACCGCUAUGCUGCUGUCUGCAAACCCCUGCACUAUAUGGUCAUUAUGCAUCCACAGCUGUGCUUAAGAUUGGUGGCUGUGGCUUGGGGGAGCGGCCUGGUCAAUGCCAUUGUCAUGUCUCCACUGACAAUGACUCUCUCCAGAUGUGGUCGACGUCGAGUUAACCAUUUCCUCUGUGAAAUGCCGGCGCUGAUCAAGAUGGCUUGUGUGGAUGCUCGUGCAGUGGAAAUGCUCGCUUUUACCUUCGCCAUUCUCAUUGUUCUGCUGCCCCUCACCCUUAUUCUUAUCUCCUAUGGCUACAUCGCUGCAGCAGUACUGAGGAUCAAGUCAGCUGUGGGGCGCCGGAAGGCCUUCAAUACCUGCAGCUCCCAUCUCACAGUGGUCUCCCUGUUCUAUGGGAGCAUCAUCUAUAUGUAUAUGCAGCCAGGAAACAGCUCUUCCCAAGACCAAGGCAAGUUUCUCACACUCUUCUACAACCUGGUGACUCCCAUGUUGAAUCCACUCAUCUAUACAUUAAGAAAUAAGGAAGUGAAGGGAGCACUGAGGAAAGUUUUGGGGAGGCAACAAUGA